AUGUCGUUUGUGUCAGUAAUCAUCUUUGUUGUUGCUACCUGGUGCAUCUACGUGGGUUGGCCAUGGUAUCGCAACUGGACACAGGCAAAGGAGCUGCAUGUGCCUAUUAUCCUGAGCCCUAUCUCGAGUAGUGGUCUAGCAUUGCAGUUACUGAGAUAUAUCCUGGACCUCGAUAUUCUACCAACUUGUAUGACUCAAUUGCCGUUUGUUAGACUGCUGCGCAGAAACGCGAAAUUCCAGGAGAAGUUCGCAGUCCAUGCCGAGUAUGGAAAGCUAUUCAUUUUGGUUACGCCGGAGACAUGUGAGUUAUACGUGGCGGAUACAGGCGCGGCAAAACAAGUGCUUUCACGAUGGAGAGACUUUCCAAAACCAAGUAGCCUACUAGAAGGGGCCGAUUGGCAGCGUCACCGGAAGUUGACUGCGCGUGCAUUCAACGAGAAGCUACACGAGGCAGUCUGGGUCGAAUCGACGAGAAAUGCGACAAAGGUAUUAAAGCAAUGGGCCAACGUCAAGUCUGUGAACAGUACACGGUCCGAUAUUUUGGCGCUGAGUUUGGGUGUGCUUUUUAAAGCGUGCCUUAAUAUCGAUGGAGUCGAUAAAGAUGAUGCUAGGAUAUUAGCAGGCGACGUUGCGGCCUGCCAAUCGCAUCUAGAUGUGGUUUUAAACGGAAUAUCAAACCCAAUGGCUUUAGGGCGAGGAGUUCGAGGAAUGCAAAAACUUAAGGAGAGCUAUAAAGCCUUGGGCGAGUUAUUGACCAAGUUUGUGGAAGCCCGAACGGCACGGUCAGAACAGACAGCGCACGCAGACCUCCUCUCAUCAAUCCUCGCUCCGACAGAUCAUUGUGGCUUAUCAAGCGAUGAAGUCACGGGAAACCUCUUUCUCUUCAUGUUCGCCGGCCACGAGACCACUGCAAAUGCUUUGAUCUAUGCUAUCCAUCUCAUGGCGAUAUUCCCAGCCUGGCAGGAGUGGGCACUAGAAGAGAUUGACAACCUGUCACAAAAUCAAGCCAGUGGAGAAGAAAUUCCCUUCCAUAGUCAGAUUCUUCCACAAACACAGCGACUCCGAGCAAUCCUGUACGAGACUCUUCGGCUCUACGGCCCGGUCCCAAAUAUAGUGCGAAAGACAGAUGCUACUCCUCAGACCCUAUUGCUACCUGAGCGGGAGUUCGUAAUUCCCCAAAAUACGUCCAUAAAUGUUAAUGCGAUAGCAUUACAUACUGAUCCCAAACAAUGGGGCCCUGACCCUCUGGCCUGGAGGCCCGAUCGGUGGAUAUUGAAGGAGUCCGGCUCAUCUCUGGGAAUUGUUUCCAAUGAAUUGCCCCAGUACCUCUUUGCCUGGGGAGACGGGCCGCGGCUCUGUCCAGGACAGAAAUUCUCACAGAUCGAGGUCUGCGCAGUUCUUCUCCGCCUUUUUAAACACCACCGUGUGGAGCUAGUGCCAUCUCCUGAUCAAACCAUGGACCAGACAAGAUCUCAUGCACUUUUCUUGAUACAGAAUAGUAUCGUGGGCCUUACAUUGCAGAUGCCAUCUGUCGAGUCAGUAGGCCUUCGAUGGGUGGGGCGAUAA